AUGCCCGGAAUAGACCCUGCAGUAAUAGUUCACCAGUUGAAUGUGAGCCCAAAUCACACGCCGGUGAUUCAGAAAAGAAGGGGUUGUGCACCCGAAAGAAGUAAGGCUGCAGCAGAAGAGGUGGAGAAGUUAAUUCGGGCAGGAUUCAUCAGAACUGUGCAAUACCCAAAGUGGCUAUCCAACGUAGUGCUAGUGAAAAAGUCUAACGGUAAAUGGAGGAUGUGUGUGGACUUCUCAGAUCUCAACAAAGCUUAUCCAAAAGACAGCUUUCCUUUACCACGGAUUGAUUUGUUGAUUGAUUCGACAUCAGGGCAUGAAUUACUUAGCUUCAUGGAUGCUUUUUCCGGGUAUAAUCAGAUAUGCAUGUAUGAACCGGACCAAGAAAAAACAUCCUUUGUGACAGACCGGGGAACCUAUUGCUACGAGGUGAUGCCAUUUGGAUUAAAAAACGCAGGGGCAACCUAUCAGAGGUUGGUCAACUGGAUGUUUCAAGGUCAGAUUGGGCGGAAUAUGAAAGUCUACGUAGACGACAUGCUAGUGAAGAGCACCCUAGCCACAAACCACAUCCAAGACCUAGCCGAGGCAUUCCAGGCUCUAAGGCUCUACGGUAUGAAGCUAAACCCUGCUAAAUGUGCUUUUGGAGUGUCCUCGGGUAAGUUCUUAGGGUUUGUAGUAUCGAGGCGUGGAAUUGAAGCCAACCCGGAAAAGAUAAAGGCAGUGCUAGAUAUGCAAGCACCACGGAGCACAAAGCAAUUACAGCAGCUCACUGGUAGGGUUGCCGCCUUAAAUCGAUUUAUUUCCCGGUCAACAGACAAAUGCUUGCCCUUCUUCAAGGUUCUCCGGAAAGCGUUUGUAUGGGAUGAAGAAUGUGAAGAAGCCUUCAAUCAGCUAAAGCAAUAUUUAGGGAAUCCUCCCUUACUCAGCCGAGCCAGUGAAGGAGAGGUACUCUACCUCUACUUGGUAGUAUCGCCCACUGCUGUGAGUUCAGCUUUGGUCCGGGAAGACCAGGGCACCCAGAAGCCAGUGUAUUUCACUAGCCGAGCCUUACACGGAGCAGAAGAAAGAUAUCCCAGGAUAGAAAAACUGGCAUUCGCGUUAAUAACGUCAGCCCAGAGACUAAGGCCGUACUUCCAAGCUCAUACCGUCAGAGUCUUGACAGAGUACCCAUUAAAGAAGGUGAUGCAGAAACCAGACGUUUCAGGAAGAUUGGUGAAUUGGGCCAUAGAAUUGGGAGAGUUUGAUGUAGAGUUUCAUCCAAGGACAGCAAUCAAAGGGCUGGCACUAGCCGACUUUCUCGUGAAAUUUUGUAAUUUUCCAGAACUAGACCAGCUACCCAAGGGAGAAACAUGGAUAGCAUAUGUAGACGGGUCUUCCACCCAAAAGAGAGGCGGAGCCUGGAUCGUGCUGAUAGACCCAGGAGGAGAAGCCCUAGAGUUCUCAAUCCGGUUGGACUUCAUUACGACCAACAACGAAGCAGAGUACGAAGCAGUCAUAGCCGAAAUGAGCUUAGCCCAGGACAUGGGGGCCAAGAGUCUGGAGGUAAAGAGUGACUCCCAAGUGAUAAUCGGGCAUAUUCAAGGAGAAUACGAGGCUCGGGGGGUAAAAAUGAAGAAGUAUCUCGCUAAGGUGCAAGAACUACAAGUCUUAUUUGAUUUGGUAGUGUUGACUAGGAUCCCUCGAGAAGACAACAGUCGGGCCGAUUUCUUAGCAAGACUCGGGUCCGCAACAGACGAAGAAGCAAAAGUCUCGAAGCAAAAAGUACAAGUCCUAACCGAACCUUCCAUAUUACCAAUUGCGAAGAUCCUGCAAGCUGAACAAGGAGACGAAGCCCCGGAAUGGGCUAUUGAUAUUAUCCGAUACUUGAGAGAUGGAGGGCUCCCAGAUGACAGACAAAAGGCACGACAGAUCCGGAUGAGGUCUGCUCGAUACACCUGGAUUGAUGGGACUCUCUAUAGGCGGGGGUACACAUUGCCUCUCUUAAAGUGUAUUACUAAGGCAGAGGCAGAUUAUGUGAUGCGGGAGAUUCACGAAGGGGUAUGUGGCAGCCACGGAGGAAGCCGAAUGCUGGCUCACAAAGCUAUUAGAGCCGGAUACUAUUGGCCCGGAAUGAACAAGGAUUCUAGUGACAUCGUGAAACAUUGCGACAAGUGUCAGAGAUUUGCUAAAAUCAUGAAGAAUCCCCCUGAAGAGCUAAGUCCAAUCUCGUCACCAUGGCCUUUUGCACAAUGGGGAGUCGACUUGGUAGGUCCAUUACCCACGGGAAAAGGAGGAUGCAAGUUCAUAGUAGUCGCAGUAGAUUACUUCACAAAUGGGCAGAAGUGGAAGCACUGGCAGCCAUCACAACCGGAAACAUCCAGAAUUUUCUGUGGAGAUCAGUAG